UCUUUGCCUUCUCGGCAGCUGUGAUAAAGCUGUUUGACCGGUUUGUAAAGCCUCUGGAUCUUAAAGUCCGUCUUGUUUAUCGUGGAAACGGAUUCGUCAGGGGGAAAAGUACACUGGAAAUCUCCGUGGGCUACAAGUGGAUUUAUGACUUUUUAACAGUUCUGUAACAUUCUGCUGACUUGUAAUGCAUUAAACAAGACUAUAUUGCCACACACCAAAGCUAUGGCCGAUGAAAACCAGACCGAGGUGUAUGUUUACGAGAAGGUGCUUAUAUUGAUGUCAUGUGCGCUUUCGUUUUUUGGGUCACUUUUAAUAAUAUGCACAUAUGUAUGUUGGCUCGAUCUAAGGUCCACACCGCGCAAACUGCUCGUCUUUUUGUCUGUUGCUGACCUGUUGUCCGCGCUCUCGUACUCUUACGGAGUUUGGAGUAUUUUCCAGUCGGAUUCAUUAGACUGCAUUACACAAGCGGCGAUUUCAACAUUCGCAAACACCAGCUCAUUCUUCUGGACCGUGGCGAUUGCGAUCUACUUAUACAUUUUUAUUGUGAAGUCCAGUCAGAGACAGGCCGAUAACUUGGUGCUGUAUUUUCAUCUUAUCAGUUGGGGUGUUCCCUUCGGCAUCACUGUAGCGGCCCUCUCUCUGCAGAAGCUUGGCUAUGAUGCCUCUGAGGUGUCCGUUGGCUGGUGUUGGGUUAAUAUCCAUGCUGAUGACCAUGUCCUGUGGAUGCUGCUCACAGGAAAAAUCUGGGAGUUCAUCGCCUAUGUCACACUGCCAGUCCUGUACAUCCUUAUUAAGAUACACAUCCGCAAAGCCCAUACGGCCCUGUCCGAGUACCGCCCCAUCCUGACCAGCAGCCCCGUCUCUCAUUCAAUGUCUUCGAUGGCAGAUCGGAAACUAACCCUCAUCCCCAUCAUCUUCAUCAUGCUCCGCAUGUGGAGCACCGUCCGCUUCCUGCUCCUUCUAUCCGACUCCCCCGCGAGGCAAAACCCGGUGCUGGUGACCUUGCAUGGAAUUGGAAACACCUUUCAAGGAGCGGCGAACUGCAUAAUGUUUGUUCUGUGUACUCCCUCGAUUCGAUCACGACUGCAGGCUUGGCUGUGCUGCAAAGGUCAAAACAGAUGCUGGAAAUCAGAGUCGGUGUCCCAGAACAGGGCGAGCGAAUUUACAACGAAUACGCCUUCGCACGCUGAGGAGAGCACAAGUCCCCAAACUUGGGAGGACAGUGAGGACUAAUGGUUGUUGUGAUGGGAAGUUAAAUAGAGCUCAUCUUUAGCGCAUGAAUGCUGGAUAAAGCACAAUGCAAUUUUUUUAUGGCUCUUUGAUCAUUUGUAACAGAACCAUUACUUUCUUGUUUGACCAAGUGCCUAAAGGGAUUACAGGGGACUGCGGUCACAUGGACAAAAUCCGCAGAGCACGUAACACAAACGCACUUUAUGUUCCUGGUCUAGCUCAGCACUUUACACAGGAGGCUUUCUGUCUCCCACAGCCUCUCGAAUCUGUUUUCGUAUCGCUUCCGCAGAUGUUUCGUGUUCAUUUAAAUAGAAAUGAGAUCUGUAGCUCAGGGGAAGGCGAGGAUACAGCAAUUUAUUAUCUAGUGACCAAAAUGGCAAAUGUACUGUGAAGUGUUUUUAUAAGGGAUCUUUUCUUCCCUCAACAAAAGCACAUGAAUAUUUAAUGCAAAUACAAAGCUGAAAACAUGAA